AUGAAGAAGAAGGUGGAUAAAGAGAUGCUGGUGGAUGUUGAGCUGCAUUCUGAACAGGAUGGACCUCAACAACACCCCAAGAAGUCAGAGACUGGCAAAGGGAGUGGAUUCAAGCUGAAUUCAAUUCAGUUCUACUUGCUGAACAACAAGAUGAGGACACUGUAUGCCUUGACUUUGUGUCUGGUGGUUGCUGGGCUGAUUCCACUGGCUGUGAAUGUGUUUCAACCUGUCAUGAGGCCCUUGCCUGUCAACCCUGGGCUGUGCUUCUUGCAAGAAUCUUUCAGGGUGGAAUGCAAGCCAGGGAGUGAUCAGACAGUUGGACUGGAUGCUUGUUCCUCUUUGGAUUGCUGUUGGAGAGAUGACAGCCAAACCAGUCUUUUUGUUCCCAUCUGCUACCAUAGUGUACCCUCCAAGUACACAUACCUGGUGGAAAAUGUACAGGGCUUUGGGAAUGAAGUAUUGUAUGACCUGGUAACCAGAUAUGGGAACAAAAAGACUCCAUUGGAUAACCCUGCACAUGUGAAGGCCCAGAUUAAACUGGAACAACUGCCAAUGGGCAUGAAUGGCACCAUUAGAAUAUCCAUUGGUCCACAACAGAAAAGGAGGAAAGGUUUCAACAGAAUUUACAACUCAACUCUUGAUGUGGAUAUCUGGGAAUCUGUGAUGGUGGAACCAAAUAUGUACUAUGCUCUUGAUCUAGAAAGAGCAUCAACUGGAGAGAAACUUGUGCACUCCAACAUAGGAGCGCUGGUCAUCUCAGAGAACUUCAUAGAAAUCACACUCUCUCCUGGCACCACCAAACUUGUUGGUUUUGGUGGUGACAGUAACAGUUUCCAGCUACCAAUGGACUUUGGAUACCACAAAGCAGUCAUGUACAACCGCAAAGAGCCAAAUGACUUGAUGGCAUCAGUGGCAGUGCCCUUCUAUAUUGCUAUUGAAAAGUCAGGAAAGGCUCAUGGCCCCACUCCAUUGGAUGUGAUGAAACAAUACACUACACUUGUAGGGAAACCAGAGGCCUUGUCCUAUUCGGCCUUUGGGUACCAUAUGUGCAGGGAAGUAGGGAAUUUUAGUGCAGUUCAAAGCUUGUAUGCUGCCAUGGAUGAGUCUGAUUACCCCUUUGAGUCAGACUGUAUUUUUUCUAAACCUUUCACCCAGUCAGCAUUCAACUUUAUAACAUCUGAAGUGGACAUAGCUGCAUUGAGAGAAGCUGUGAACACUUUACACAGAAAGGAAAGGAAGUUUGUCAUUCAACAGGUUCCUCAUGUGGCUUCAUCAGAUGAAGCAGGGAAUCUGAUCUCCCUUGAAAAGCCAGUGUUUUUGCUCAACUCCUCCCAAGAAGUAUAUCAUGGUACUUACAAGCGUCAGGAUGUACUUUUCCCAGACCCCAUUGCACCAAUGGUGAAUUCUUGGGCUCAAGAGGAAUUUUUAAAAUUAACAGUCAAGUUAGGUGCCCAAGUUGAUGGCAUCAUUUUGACAAGCAACUCUCCACCAGAUGACUCUCCAUACCAGGAUCCAGAUCCUAAAGAAGUACCCUAUUCUCCAGCUUUGUCCAAUGCCCAACCAAUGAUGUACUACCAGGCACCAUGGAAUUUGAUAAACAGCCAAGGGAUAAAGCAUUGGGGAAUCCACAACAAGUAUGGGUCAGAUCACUUGCGAGUUGUCAAGACUGCUUUACAAGGACAAGCUCAAGAGAGACCUUUUGUGACAUCAGCAAAUACUUUUGCUGGGUCAGGAGGCAAAGGAGGUAUUCCAAUUUGUGGCGACAUUGACUCUGGACAGAUUGACAUGGAAGACCCAUUUGCAUUUGGUGACUUAUGUCUCAGAUGGCAUCAGCUGGGUUUGAACUUGCCAUUGGCAUACAAUAAUUACAAGCAAGGCGCCCAGCCAAGGAAUCCUCCAGACCUGGGUACAGCCUAUAAGCUGCACAUGAAAGUUGCCCUGAGGCAGAGGUACAGACUUCUACCAUACUUCUACUCCUUGAGCCUGGAGUCUGUACUGGACCAUGGAGCCCCACUUGUGCGCCCCCUAUUCUUCACAUUUCCUGAGGAUGAAGAAGCCUUCAAAAUUGAUGAGCAGUUCAUGAUAGGAGACUCAUUGAUGGCCAUCCCAGCUUUAUGGCCUGGGGUGGACUCUGUGUCAGCAUAUUUUCCUCCAGGAACCUGGGUGGACUUCUUCAAUGGAGAUGUGUUUGCUUCAAGUGACAAUGGCACCUGGACCAGAUUGUCUGUGGCUAAUUCAAGGUCACCUUUGGCAAUCAGGGGAGGGCAUGUCAUCUUUUGGCAAGAACCAGGAGCAGCAUCUUCUCAAUCAAGAAAAAACUUCUUCAGGUUCACAGCAGUGAUUCAGAGAGGUUAUGGGGCCAAGGGUCACAUUCUCAUAGAUGAUGGAAAAUCUAUGAUUAGUGAAGCAACUUCCAUUUGGAAACUGGUUGGCAGUCUUGAUGUACAAGAGACAGAGUUCAAUAUAACUCUGGAAGGCCCACCUUGCAGCGCAAUAGGAAUGAAUGGUCUGAACACUGCCUUUGAUGGAGGAGAGAUUUUUGGGCUCAAGGCAAAACCAACAGCAUUCAUUGAUAUUAACACUGGUGAAAAUGUGGAAUUUUUCUUCAAUGCUGCCACCAAUUCCCUUGAGUUUGCUGAAAUUCCUCCCAUGGAUUUUUGCGAUGGAACUCAGGGCUUUUAUUUGAAAUAUGAUUGA